UGUCAGCGAUCAAUGAAAUUGUAGUACGGGAGUGUGUAAAGUAGUGUUUUGUGGAAUUAUGAGCUAUAAAUGAAUAAAAGGAAUACCAAAGGGCCAUGGGGAAAGAUCAGGAACUCCUGGAGGCCGCAAGAAAAGGCAAUACAGCUGUCGUAGAGAAGAUACUAGGCCAAAGAGCGAAAAGGAGUGGUCCACUAGCAAGUUUGCGGAGGGGUCCUGGUGCUAAUGUUCAAGACAGCAGUGGAUACACACCACUUCACCAUGCUGCAUUAAAUGGACACACCGACAUCGUUAGGCUGCUAUUGGAGCAUGAUGCUUCCACAAAUAUUGUGGACAGCAAGGGAUCAUCUCCCCUUCACUUAGCAGCAUGGUCCGGUAAUGUUGAUAUCGUUAGAUUGCUGCUGUCGGGACCAUCCAUUUGCAACGUUAACUUAACGACGAAAGAUGAUGAGACUGCUUUGCACUGUGCAGCCCAAUACGGCCAUACUCAAGUCGUUAGCUUGCUUUUGGAACAUGCCUGUGAUCCUGGUAUAAGGAAUUGUCGUGGAGAAACCGCGCUCGAACUUGCUGCUCAAUAUGGAAGAUUAGAAACAGUGGAAUUACUCGUGAGGACUGAUCCAACUCUAAUUCAGUGUUUGAAAAGGACCACACCGGAUAUUGUAUUUCCACACACACCUUUACAUCUGGCCAGUCGAAAUGGCCACAAAGCUGUGGUGGAGGUCCUUCUGGGAGCAGGAUUCAACGUGAACAUGAGGACCAAGUCGGGAACAGCUUUACACGAGGCCGCGCUUUGCGGGAAAGUAGAAGUUGUCAGGACUCUACUGGAACAAGGAGUUAACACCUCUAUUCGGGACUCGAACAAUUAUACCGUCAUGGACUUGCUGAGUCAGUUCAACACAGCCCAGGCGUCGCAGGAGAUAAUGAAUAUACUUAAGCGUCACAAGAGGGGACUCCCUCUGGUGGACAGCGACGGUGAGAGUAUAAGCCAUCCCUUUCCCACCGUGCCAAACACAGACUCGGAUUUAGGUAGCCCAUACGAAAACGUAAGACCUUCGUCGAAAAACGCCAGGUCGGUCACCACCGAUCCGUCGCCGGGCACCUCGCCGCAAAGAUGGGACUUCCAGAGGCACGCUCGGCCUCCAGAAGCCUUCGAGGACAGGAGGGUGUCCAGAGUCUCUGGCAUCUCUAUCAUGAACCAUCUUGAUGCACCAACACGAGACAUUAAUGAGAAUGAUGACACAUACGUACCGAUGUCAAAUUUAGCAAUGCGUAACUCGAAACCCUACCAGAGCCUUCCUAUCCCCAAACGCACGAAACCAGCCGCUGCUGCAUCAUCAGCUGUAGAUAUAUCUCCGCUGGACGGCAUUACGUUCAAUUUCAAAGAAAAGCUAGACCUACGCAAAAAUAGCAGUGCUUCGAACUCCUCGGAGUCGGAUAACAGCCUCUAUCAGAUACCUUGCGCGCCUAAAGCGUUCAUGGAUAACAGUAUCCAUUCGGAGGAUAUGAACUACCUUUGCACUAGCCGGGAAUCUGACCAAAUAAGCAUCUCUUCCACGGCUUCUAGCUGCGGGUAUCCCAGACGGCCGGAUAGUGGCGGUGUACCGCUUUACAUUCCCAUGAACAACCCUCGGGGUGGGCACAGCCCCAGUUCCAACAGCAAAGUAUCGCCGACGCCGCCAAAAAAGCCCCCAAGAAGAAACAUAUCCAUAUCACCCACGCACGCUCAGCCAAUGUCGAUAUCGGUAGACGGCGUUAGCAACAGCGCCUACGAGUACCUAUUUCUGGCCCACAGCGGCACCAGGAGUCAGGGCAAUUUAAAUGACUUCGACAAGGAGAACCGUCGGGAACGGCUUACCCAUGGUCGCAGCAUGGAUCAGUACGUGGAGAUGAACGUAUUCAACAUCGCCCUCGACGACGAGCCUCCGGAAAGACCUAGAAGCGAGUUGCAGAGGGGCAAAAGCGAGGAUUUAGAUAGCAGGAAGAAGCAGGAGCCCAUCGCGAUCACUUCCGUAUACGAGAACAUCCUGAUAAAGCAGCAGAAUCCCAGGAGGAAAUUAAGGAGGAAUCCCGAGGUGUACGAAGAAUACGACUUCAGAAGAAAAGGAAAAGUUGAGCCCGUCGCCAGUUCAUCCGCUCCCGAAACCACGUUCGUGUCAAACGCGUUCAUCAUGGUAUCGGACCACGAAGAUAAAACCAACACCAUAAAAUUCGACUCCAAAAAGCUAACUACCGACAACAUUCCACUCUCCCCUACUCAUUACAACCAACCACCCACCCCAGAGCAUCCUCCUCCCUCCGCAAUGCAAGCUGAAAGUAUUAUUUACGAGAAAAUACGUCCACUCAGUCAGGAGUAUAAAAGGAGGUCGAAGGAUAUGGAAACCGAAACGGAAGAAGAAUAUCUUCUGAUUUGUGAUGAAUCGAGCGGUAGUUUUUCGAGCAGCGUAUCGCUCUCUGACAGGAGCAUAGACAAUAUUUUAGAAGAGUACCAUUCAGAUGCUCCAUUCUCAGGCCUUAUUAAGGGUUCCUCGACCAAAGUUCUCGAGAGCAUAAACUCAAACACUCCCGCCGAACGCCCAAAAACGUUAAAAAAGCUCAAGCGGGUGUACGGCCACACCAACGGGGAAGGGUUAAAGAGCGAUAACGAAAUAUCCUCGAGCUCCGAGAAGGAAUCCGAAAACAAGGAGAAUAAAGAGCGUGUGUCGGCCUUGAGCCCGUUCGACGAACAAGAGGAAUGGGCUAAAAUUCAGGAAAUAAUGGCGUCGUUCGGUACUGGCAUCGUAAGGGAAUCCGUUUUUGUGGCGGAACUCGAGAAGGAAUUCCAAAGUAGACUAAUGACCAUAAGUUGUUCGCAAAGCAGUUUGAAUAAUUCCGAGUCCGUGGCUACGGUUGAAAAAUGGCUUCAGGGGUUGGGGAUGGGCGAUUACGUCGGGUUGUUUAUGAAUUCUGGAUUUGACGACGUAAAUUUUCUGAACGGAGUGAUAGAAGAAAACGACUUGAAGGACAUGGGCAUCGCUAGCGAGUUGGAACGUCAAAUAAUCUUAGAUGCAAUAAAGCAACUGCCACUGAAAAUUAACGAUCAACUACCUAAUGUUUGCAACAACAAUAAUGAACAAAACACGGUUAAAUUGUGGUUAAAAAAGAUCAAUCUCGAUCAAUACUAUGAUACUUUCGCUAAACAUUUGUAUCAUGAUAUGGAACGGGUAAAAAGGAUUUGGGACGUUGAACUGUCUGCUGUAUUAGAUAUAGAAAAAAUAGGGCAUCGGAAAAGGAUAUUAGCGAGCGUUAGUAGCGGCGAGCAUAUUGUAGCCGGACCAAAACUGGAAGAAAUCAGUAUAGAAGCUAACUUACUGAAAAGUAACCAACCGACAGGAGAGAUGCCAUCUCCCUCUACUCAUUCAAUUAAUAGUAACACAGGAACGAUUAGGCACAGACAUAAAAAAUCCAGACCUGCGCCUCCCCCACCUAUAAAGAAAAACGUGGAACCAGAAAAGAAAUCGCCAGCAGAAAUAUUUGUGGGAGGCAGCAACUCUAUAAAGUCUCAAUGGAGGCACCAGCCUAUACUCCUAAUAACCAGCUGCGUCAAAUACUCAGCGAAUUAUCUGGGUUCGACAAUGAUAAAGGAGUUUAAAGGUACGGACUCCACCAAAAAGUCCAUUCAGAAAGUCAUGAAGUCUAAAGACCGUCCUGGAGAAGAGAUUUGUUUGUCGAUAUCUUACAGGGGUGUGAAGUUUAUUAAUCCUAUUGUUCAGAAAAUAAUCUGCGAACACGAAAUCAAGAACAUGAACUGCGUUUGCCAGGACAAUGAGAACCAGUGUUUCUUCGCGUAUAUCACGAAGGAUGGUGAUUCGUUCUAUUGCCAUGUCUUUCAGGCGGUUUCUCCGGAGCAGGCCAUUGAUAUCAUCCUAACUUUGGGCCAAGCUUUCGAGCUCGCUUACCAAAUGGCCCUAAGAGACCAAGUGACAAGUAAGAGCAAAAGUAACCGAGAUAGCCACAAGCCUGCGGUCAGCCCCGGCUCCGUGUCGUCGCACAGCCGGGAUUUUAAAGACGCCACCACGCGCAAUGCCGACGUCAAACUGAAUGGUCACCCUCUGAAAAUGAAACCUCUGACCUUAUCGAUCGCGGCGGAACCAGUGGAUGUUCCCCAUCAGAAAACACCAACAAAAGUGAACUUCGAUGAUAUGCAGGGGUAGUUAGUAAUCGUUGUCUACUUCGGUGUGGGGUAGCUUAAGGGACAUUUUCAAUUUCCGCGUUAUUUCCAAACUGAUUCCAGACAGUACUAAGUAAUGUAAUGCAAAAUGAAGUGAUGUCUAACCAUGAGUAUUCUCAACAUUUACAUCAAUGUGAUAUGCGUACGGUAUGCAGCAAAUGCGAUUCCAUUGGCGUAUCAUUUUAGAGAAAUUAUUAAAUAUAGUAUAACAAGUAGAUAUGUCGAUUUUGGUUCAAAUUAGAUUAUAAUUACAAAUCUACACGCACCCUAAUAUAACAAC